AUGGCGCAAGCUCUGUCUGAAGAGGAGUUUCAGCGGAUGCAGGCUCAGCUACUAGAACUCCGGACAAACAACUACCAGCUUUCAGAUGAACUACGCAAGAAUGGUGUUGAACUCACCAGUCUUCGACAGAAGGUUGCCUACCUGGAUAAGGAGUUCAGCAAAGCUCAGAAGGCACUGAGCAAGAGCAAGAAAGCUCAGGAAGUCGAGGGGCUGCUGAGUGAAAAUGAGAUGCUUCAGGCAAAGCUGCAUAGCCAGGAGGAGGACUUCCGCUUGCAGAACAGCACGCUUAUGGCCGAGUUCAGCAAGCUCUGCAGCCAGAUGGAGCAGCUCGAGCGGGAGAACCAGCAACUGAAGGCUGGGGCUGCCAGGGAAGGGGCUGCCCAAGCUGGGAGCCUUGUGGAUGGGGAGCUACUGAGACUGCAGGCGGAGAACACAGCCUUGCAGAAGAACGUGGCAGCCCUGCAGGAGCGCUAUGGGAAAGAGGCUGGCAGGUCUCCAGCUGCCUGUGAGGGUGAAGGGGACCCCCCCGGGGGCUCAACUUCCCCUAUCAUGGCCCCCAUGCCAUUGGCAGAAGUGGAGCUGAAAUGGGAAAUGGAGAAGGAAGAAAAGAGAUUGCUCUGGGAGCAACUGCAAGGCUUGGAGACCUUGAAGCAGGCUGAAACAUCCAGGCUGCAGGAAGAACUUGCUAAGCUCUCCGAGAAACUGAAAAAGAAACAAGAAAGUUUUUGCCGUCUGCAGACAGAAAAGGAGACACUAUUCAAUGACAGCCGGAACAAGAUUGAGGAGUUACAACAGCGGAAGGAGGCUGAUCUCAAAGCCCAGUUGGCUCGAACUCAAAAGCUGCAGCAGGAACUCGAGGCUGCCAAUCAGAGCUUGGCAGAGCUGAGAGAUCAGCGGCAAGGGGAGCGCCUGGAGCAUGCAGCAGCUCUGCGAGCCCUACAGGAUCAGGUGUCCCUUCAGAGUGCAGAUGCGCAGGAACAAGUGGAAGGACUUUUGACUGAGAAUAAUGCUCUGAGAACUAGCCUGGCUGCCCUGGAGCAGAUCCAAACAGCAAAGACCCAAGAACUGAAUAUGCUCCGGGAACAAACUGCUGGAUUGACAGCUGAGUUGCAGCAGCGGCAGACUCAGUAUGAGGACCUCAUGGGACAGAAAGAUGACCUGAACUGCCAGCUCCAGGAGUCAUCGCGGGCCAAUAGUCGGCUGCUGGAACAACUACAGGAACUUGGGCAGGAGAAGGAGCAAUUGAUCCAGGAAUUACAGGAGGCUCGGAAGAGUGCUGAGAAGCGGAAGGCCAUGUUGGAUGAGCUGGCCAUGGAGACGCUGCAGGAGAAAUCCCAGCACAAGGAAGAGCUGGGAGCAGUGCGACUACGGCAUGAGAAGGAGGUGCUGGGAGUGCGAGCCCGCUAUGAGCGUGAGCUCCGUGAGCUGCACGAAGACAAGAAGCGGCAGGAGGAGGAGCUGCGUGGGCAGAUCCGUGAGGAGAAGGCCCGAACGCGGGAACUGGAGACUCUUCAGCAGACGGUAGAAGAACUUCAAGCUCAGGUACACUCUAUGGAUGGAGCCAAGGGCUGGUUUGAACGGCGCUUGAAGGAGGCUGAGGAAUCUCUGCAGCAGCAGCAGCAGGAACAAGAGGAAGCCCUCAGGCAGUGUCGGGAGCUGCACGCCAGCGAGCUGAAGAGCAAGGAGGAGGAGCUACAGGGUGUGCAGGAGCAGCUCCGACAGGCCCAGGAGGAGCGGGACUGUCACCUGAAGACCAUCAACAGCCUGAAGCAGGAAGUGAAGGACACAGUGGAUGGGCAGCGAAUCCUGGAGAAGAAGGGCAGUGCUGCGCUCAAGGACCUCAAACGGCAGCUGCACCUAGAGCGGAAACGGGCAGAUAAGCUGCAGGAGCGGCUGCAAGACAUCCUCACAAACAGCAAGAGCCGCUCAGGGCUCGAGGAGUUGGUUCUCUCAGAGAUGAACUCACCAAGCCGGACCCAGACUGGGGACAGCAGUAGCGUCUCCUCCUUCAGCUACCGUGAGAUCUUGCGGGAGAAGGAGAGCUCAACUGUUCCAGCGAGGUCCUUAUCCAGCAGCCCUCAGGCCCAGCCCCCACGGCCAGCAGAACUAUCAGAUGAGGAAGUGGCUGAGCUCUUUCAGCGCCUGGCAGAGAUGCAGCAGGAGAAAUGGAUGCUGGAGGAGAAGGUGAAGCACCUGGAGGUGAGCAGUGCAUCCAUGGCAGAGGACCUCUGCCGGAAGAGUGCCAUCAUUGAGACCUACGUCAUGGACAGCCGGAUUGAUGUAUCUGUGGCAGCAGGCCACACAGACCGCAGCGGGCUGGGCAGCGUCCUGAGAGACCUAGUGAAGCCAGGUGAUGAGAACCUUCGGGAGAUGAACAAGAAGCUACAGAACAUGCUGGAAGAGCAGUUGACCAAGAAUAUGCAUUUGCACAAGGCAAGUGACAUGGAAGUUCUGUCCCAGGAAAUUGUGCGGCUCAGCAAGGAGUGCGUGGGGUCCCCCGACCCCGACCUAGAACCAGGAGAAGCCAGCUAA